UCUGGAAGGAUGGGGGAGGGGAGGGAGGAAGCACAUGGGCUUUGCCUCUCUCAGAAGGACAAAGUUUUGUUGGUUCAAGCAAAGUAGUGGAAGUUUCUGAAGUCAUGCAGGAAGUUGCUGGGACAGAACACUGAGGAGCUUUGCAUCACUUUGUCUUCCCUGUUGAGCACCAUCUGAGCUGUCAAACUUUGCUGCCAAGGGGGCUGAAUCAACUUGCAGCACGAAAUGAGUGGGGAGGUAGCGAGCUUCUGUGACACAGAUUUGCAAUGCCUGUUCCCAAGGUUUCCUGGGCUGAGGAGACUUUGUAAUUGGUUAAGAGCAGACAGACUUUUUGGCCAAUCAAACUCAGAGCCGAGGUGGGGGAUCUGCUUUUCCUACCCGCCUCUUCUCCUCCAGCUCCCCAGCUCCACUCACAUUUAACUCCCCUUCCCCCUACCCACCCCCGCCAUUUGGUGACUAAGAACUGCUGCAGGCAGGCAAACCUCGGAGCAGGUUUUAAGAGGCUGGAAGGAGCCAUAAGAGAUUUCAGCUGCUGCAUUCCAAGCCCUGGAUCUACCUUGGAGACAGGACAGCACAGAGUUACUCUCCAGGAAGGGACUUCUGGGUCAUGGGGCUCAAGACACCCCCACAGCUCCCUGGGAAAUGGCAAGUGCUGUGCAUGUUGUCCUUGUGCUGCUGGGGCUGGGUGUCUGGGCAGCUUCGCUACACAGUGGUGGAAGAGUCUGAGCCGGGGACGCUGGUGGGGAAUGUUGCUCAGGAUCUGGGCUUAAAGGUGACAGAUCUGCUGAGCCGCCAUCUGAGGUUGGGCUCUGAGGAGAAUGGGCGUUAUUUUUCCCUGAGCUUAAUGAGUGGUGCUCUGGCAGUGAAUCAAAAGAUUGACCGAGAGAGCCUUUGUGGAGCCAGCACCAGCUGCCUGCUGCCAGUGCAGGUGGUGACUGAACACCCUCUGGAGCUCAUUCGUGUUGAGGUAGAGAUCCUGGAUCUCAAUGACAACUCUCCAAGCUUUGCCACUUCUGAGCGAGAUAUGCGCAUCUCAGAAUCAGCAGCACCUGGGGCAAGAUUCCCACUGGAUAGUGCCCAGGAUCCAGAUGUGGGCACCAAUACUGUGAGUUUUUACACUCUAAGCCCCAGCAACCACUUUUCUUUGAAUGUGAAAACCCUAAAAGAUGGGAAGCUAUUCCCAGAGCUGGUGCUAGAGCAGCAGCUGGAUCGUGAAACUCAGGCAAAACAUCAGCUGGUGCUCACUGCUAUGGAUGGGGGUACCCCAGCCCGCUCAGGAACCAGCCUUAUCUCCAUCAUCGUGUUGGACAUCAACGAUAAUUCUCCAACUUUCCAGUCCUCAGUUCUACGUGUGGGACUCCCGGAAAAUGCACCCAUAGGCACACUGCUGCUCCACCUCAAUGCCACUGAUCCAGACGAGGGCACCAAUGGCCAACUUGACUAUUCUUUUGGAGACCAUACAUCUGAGGCAGUGAGGAAUCUCUUUGGCUUGGACCCUAGCAGUGGAGCAAUCCAUGUGUUGGGUCUGAUAGACUUUGAAGAGUCCAGUUUCUAUGAAAUUCAUGCAAGAGCCAGAGAUCAAGGACAGCCAGCCAUGGAGGGCCACUGUGUGAUUCAAGUGGACAUAGGGGAUGCCAAUGACAAUGCUCCUGAGGUGCUACUGGCCUCUUUAGUCAACCCUGUUCUGGAGAGCACACCAGUAGGCACAGUAGUGGGGUUGUUUAACGUGCGGGACCGAGACUCAGGCAGAAAUAGUGAGGUGAGCCUGCUUAUCUUGCCAGAACGGCCAUUUCAAAUCAAGCCUUCUGAGAACCACUACUCACUGCUAACCAGCCAGCCCUUGGACCGAGAGGCCACAUCCCACUAUAUCAUUGAGCUGCUGGCCAGCGACGCUGGCUCCCCUCCCCUGCACACAUCUCUCACCAUCAGGCUCAACAUUUCAGAUGUUAACGACAACGCACCCCACUUCACCCAGCAGCUCUACACUGCUUACAUCCCAGAAAACCGGCCUCCAGGCUCCCUUCUUUGCACUGUGGCUGCCUCAGAUCCAGACGCUGGGGAUAAUGCCCACCUCACCUACUCUAUUGUGGGGAGUCAAAUUCAGGGGGCCCCAGCCUCCUCCUUUGUGUAUGUCAACCCCAAGGAUGGAAGGGUGUUUGCCCAGCGUACUUUUGACUAUGAGUUGCUGCAGAUGCUGCAGAUUGUGGUGGGCGUUCAAGACUCUGGCUCUCCCCCGCUAUACGCUAACACUUCUCUACAUGUGUUUGUCCUUGACCAGAAUGAUAACGCCCCAGCUGUGCUGCACCCACGGCCAGGCAGGGAAUUCUCAACCCCUCAGCGUCUCCCUCGCUCUGCUCCACCUGGCUCUUUGGUCACCAAGGUGACAGCCGUGGAUGCCGAUGCAGGCCACAAUGCAUGGCUUUCUUAUUCCCUUUUGCCACAGUCUACAGCCCCAGGACUGUUUCUCGUGUCUGCACACACUGGUGAGGUGCGCACAGCCCGGGGCUUACUGGAGGAUGACUCUGACACCCAGCAGGUGGUGGUCCUGGUGAGGGACAAUGGUGACCCUUCACUGUCCUCUACAGCCACAGUGCUGCUUGUUCUGGAGGAUGAGGACCCUGAAGAAACGCCCAAAUCCAGCGACUUCCUCACGCACCCUCCGACGCGGUCAGGCCUUACUCUUUACCUCAUUGUGGCUCUAGCAACCAUCAGUCUCUUAUCCUUAGUCACCUUCACCUUUCUGUCAGCUAAGUGUCUUCGGGGACGCGCAGAUGGGGACGGGGGCGGGGGCCGGUGCUGCAGGCGCCAGGAGUCCCCUUCCCGGGAAUUCUAUAAGCAGUCCAGCCCCAACCUGCAGGUGAGCUCUGACGGCACGCUCAAGUACAUGGAGGUGACGCUGCGGCCCACGGACUCUCAGAGCCAUUGCUACAGGACGUGCUUUUCCCCGGCCUCCGAUGGCAGUGACUUCACUUUCCUCAGGCCUCUCAGCGUACAGCAGCCCUCGGCUCUGGCGCUGGAGCCUGAGGUCUUUCGUUCCCGCGCGAAUACGCUGCGGGAGCGGGAGCGGAGCCAGCAAGCCCCGCCCAACACGGACUGGCGUUUCUCUCAGGCCCAGAGACCAGGCACCAGCGGCUCCCAAAACGGCGAUGAAACUGGCACCUGGCCCAACAACCAGUUCGACACAGAGAUGCUGCAGGCCAUGAUCCUGGCCUCCGCCAGUGAAGCUGCUGAUGGGAGCUCCACCCUGGGAGGAGGAGCUGGCACCAUGGGCUUGAGUGCCCGCUAUGGACCCCAGUUCACCCUGCAGCACGUGCCCGACUACCGCCAGAAUGUAUACAUCCCCGGCAGCAAUGCCACACUGACCAAUGCAGCUGGCAAGCGGGAUGGCAAAGCCCCAGCAGGUGGCAAUGGCAACAAGAAGAAGUCUGGGAAGAAGGAAAAGAAGUAAUGUGGAGGCCAGGCCUAGAGCCACAGAGCAGCCUCUCUCCCCAACCAGCUUCUCCUUACCUGUACCCAGACCUCAGAAUUCCAGGGCUCACCCCCAGGAUUCUGGUAGGGGCCAAGGCCAUGCUCCCCUUGAGAAACAGAAACAAGUGCCCAGUCAACACCCCCCCCUUGCCCCCAGGGGGUUGAAUAUGCAAAGGGAGUUCUGCUGGGAACCCCCAUCCAAUCAAUUGCUGUACCCAAGGGGGUGGUGCGGUUAGUGUAGACACCAAGAACCAUUGUCACACCCCCUUUAGUUACAGCUGAACUCCUUCAUCUUCCAAACAAUCAGGCCCAUCCAUCCCCUGGCUCCCUGCUCCCCCACCCCACCCCUCUCCUUCAGAGUUCCCCUCUUGAGUAAGGUGGUUGGGGUGUUGAGGUACCAGGUGAUCUAAAAAGGCUCUUAGUUCUGAAGAGUUGGAAGGGCACCAUGACCUCUUGGGCUUCCCUUCAGUUCUCAAUCUUACCCCAAAGCAUGCUUUGGUGCCAAUCCUUUCACCCCCUUCUAGAGCCUGUGACCAGUGCUCAAAUAUGGGAGACAUGGUCACCAUCCAUCCCCAUGGUACUGACGCUUGCUGGAUUUGGGGAGAGGAUUUUGCCACCAAGCCUCUUCCCAACGCCCUGGGGACCAAUCUUUUGUUUUGUUUUUCAUUGUUUGAUGUUCCCACUGCAUGCUGUGAUUUCUCUCUCUACCCCUCCUCAAACAAGAGACUCCAUUGCAUGUUCUGAGAUGGUAGGGGGUGGUAAGAUACAGAAGGGAAGUGUGUGAGUGUAUGUCCGCGCGCGCACGUGUGUGUAUGGAUGGGGGAGGAUGGACAAAUCUUGGCCCAUCAGUUAGUUAACAGAGUCUUGCAGGAGCCUCUGUAUGUCCCCAGGGUGCUGGCCAGAUCCUCAGAUUCCAGCCACAAAACAAACAGUAGGUUGGACCUUCACCACACACAUACAUAUAGGCUUCAGCCUAGGCAGCCAGCUUUGGGUUGAGCUACCAGGACCAAUGGGUUUAAAACUGGCAUUUCAGUCCAAGGAAGCUUUGAGCAGGGUUUAGGAGCAGGCCCUCUAGAGAGGUCAAAAGGGCUGGCCUCUGUCCAUGCUGGGUACUCCAGAGGUGCCACAGGUAGAAGGAUUGAGAAGCCCCAGCAGGAAAGGAGGCCCAGCUAGGCCAUUCUUGGUCCUUGGGUUAGGAGGCAAGGAGCUAGCGCAGGAAUCAAGUGGGCAGAAAGUCUCAGCCUAUGAUGGGGCUUCUCCACAGAGUCCCUGCACUCCUCAAGCCUCGGCCGUUCACCUUGCCAGGUGCCAUUUCUUCUCUGUGAAGGCCACUGCCCAGGCCCCCAAUCCGCCCCCUAGUGGCCAGAGCCUGGUUAAAGUCCCCCAGUGCCUCCUUGUGCAUAGACCUUCCUCUGUCCACCCCUUCUGAUCCUGCGGUCGUUUCUUCAGCGGGGUUGCAGGAGAACGCCACCCCAGCCCUUCCAGUAGUGUAGAGCCCCCUCCCUUGGCUGGUGUAGAGUAGCCAAUAGUGUAGUGCGGUGUGCUUUUACGUGAUGGCGAGUGGGCAGCGGGGGCAGGCUGGAAGUAGCCGUCUGUCCUUGAAUCUGCUGCCUGCAGCGGCCCGUGCUGUAUUUUGUGUUGUGUCCACGCGCUGCGGCGACCCCCUCCAGGAUACUGACCCCUUCUAUAAGCGCUUCUCUUGGCAUAGUCACGUAGCUCCCACCCACCCCCUUCCUGUAUCUCACGCAAGUUUUAUACUCUAAUAUUUAUAUGGCUUUUUUUCUUCGAAAAAUUAAUAAAAAGGUUUCUUCUGAAAGGUU